CUCAAAAUGCUGCAGCACAUACACCAGGCCUGUAAGUGGCGCUGUAACGCUGUUAAUCGAAUGCAUCCAAAAUGGGGAAGAAGUGGGGCGUGCGUAUAAAAACCUGCCCGCCAUUGUUGAUGUUGCGCUCACGUUCCGUCACGUGGCAUUUUCUAGUAGCGUAUUCGCUGUCUGCACGGAAUUGCAAAGCCUGUUUGUUUUUCAGAUUGAGGCGUUUUAAAUAAAUACCGUUUCAGGUCCCCGAAAACGCUGUUUCCACGUGAACAGAGCGCCCAAAAGGGUAUGUGUAUUUACCUAAACCUGGUUCCCUGUUGGGGCUGGUUUUCUUUCCUCGAAAUCAAUUUUCAGUGUUGAGCCAUUGAGUUGUCUUCUUGUCUCUGAGACAGUUAUGGUCUAUAUUUAGUAAACAUUUUCUUCCAGAAGAGGGCAGCAUUACACCUGCCAGAAAUGAUUAUCAGAAGAAGAAUAUGAUUUUAAUGUGACAUUGCCGUUGCCAUUGCCAAAUGGCUAUGAGCUUUUUACAGAAUAAUGAGAAUAAAAGUAAACCUUUGAAUGAAAACAAAAAGGCCACUGCUGGUGCAGUUUAGUAAAGCUGAAGUAAACAUUCUAUUCCUUUGAUGAUAUUGGAAUCAUUCUUGGCUCAAUUGGCUAAGAUCAAGUGUAGGUGAAGGGCGGUCAAGCAACAACUGGCUCAUCUGACUUUCAUGGUUAAAAAAUGAAGAGUGAUCAUUGAAACGUAUUAAAACAAGAUGAUGACAGAUGCCAAAGAGAAUAAUUUGUCACAUUGACUGAAUUGAAAUGAUCACAGCAGUGGAGUGCACUGUGGAAACUAUGUUUGCACGAUUAAAGAAGUGAAAGGAAAAUCCUCAGUGCGAGAUGGAUGACAAGCAUUCCAGCAGCCCAAGAUCCCAUAAAAGUGAAGAUGAGCUUAGGAGGAAGAUUCUUGAGGAAAAUCGAGUGUGGCAAGCUAAAUUAAAAACAUUAUGGAAGAAGGAGAAGUUCAGCGAGGACGUAAAAAAGACAGAAGCCGCACCUUUAGACACGGCAAAGGCAGCUCGUGCGUUUCAGCGGAAGACUGAAAAUCGGAUGCUCCAUCCUCCACUGAUAUCAUACAAGAGAUCCUACUCCUGGCCUCAAACCCCGGAAGCUAAGCUGCAAGAAGAUUCAGUGGAUGAGAACCAGGUGACCGACAGCUUGACAAACCACAAUAAGGAGCUCCAUUGCUUACCGACAUGGGAAAAGCUUCAUUUUAAGCUGGAAUCACUGGCUCACCAACGGAGGCCUGAUCAUCUGGAGGUCCAUCCUCCACUCACAUGGGAGACAAGUGAAUCCUUCAGGCUUCACACCCCACUCUCUGAGUUGGACACGGCUGAGGACUCAGUGGAUGACAAUCAGGUGAUUGUCAAUCUGAAAUAUCAAAGAAAUGAGACAGUUGAGCCUGUGCUGGUUUUACCCACAGACCCUCAGAAGAUGAAUAAACUUCUGGAGGAUGAGAUUUGGGAACUUCACAAAGCUUUGUUGACAUUACUGGCAGACAAAAAGAACACAAACCAUCUCAAAGAUGAAAAUCAGCAGCUGCAUUCGUCACUGACACAGGAGAGGAGCGCCACCUCCAGGCUUCAGGCCCAAGUCUCACAGCUGUGCAAGACCUUUAACCAACAGAAGCCUGACCAUCUGAGAAAUCUAAAUCAGAAACUCCAUUCUUCGCUGACAGAGGAGAAAACUAUGAAAACCAGGCUUCAGACUGAGGUUUCCGAGAUUCGUAAGAAGUUACAGACUGCGCAAAUGAGGGUCGACAAUCUGGACAGUGUAAAUCAGGAACUUCGCUCUUUGCUGACUCAACAGACCAACGUCAGAGCUGAGCUUCAGGACCAGGUCUCCAAUUUGAAGGAAACUCUGCAAAAAUCACACGCUGCUUUCAGAGAAGACUAUGAGGAAGUUAAAAGACACCUGACAAGUGAGAUCAAGAAGAAUUUUGAACUCCAACAAAUUAAAGACAAAGCUGAGAAGCAGGUAGUGAAGGUCUGCCAGACCACACAGACGGAAAUUUAUGAAAAGACAAAAGCGGAACGUACACAUUUCAAAAACAUGGCUUCGGACAAAGAAAAUGCAGCUUGUGGAGCCAAACAGAGAAUUGUUGACCAGGAAAAUGAAAUUCAGCAGCUUCGUUCUUUACUAACUCAGGAGAGGAGUGCCACGUCCAGACUUCAAGUUCAGGUCUCUGAGCUGCAUACAUCUUUGCAGGCUGACCAUCAGAGGAUUGAAAAUCUGAUCAAUCUAAAUCAGGAGCUUCGGUCCUCAUUGACACAGGAGAACGCUGACAAAGCUGGGCUUCAGGCCCACGUGUCUGAGCUUCAGACAAAAUCACAGGCUGACCAGCAAAGGAUUGAGAACCUCGAGAAAAAAGUUCGAAAGCUCAGAUUUUCACUGAGUCAAAAGACUGAUGAAAGCACUGAGCUUCAGGCGCAGGUCUCUGAGCUGCAUAAGAAAUCGCAUGCUGACCAAGAGAUGAUUGACAAUCUGGACAAUGAAAUUCAGAAGCUUCAUUCCUCGCUGGCACAGAAGAACUUUGUCAAAACAGAGCUUCAGGACAAGGUCUCCAAUUUGGAGGAAGCUCUGCAGAAAUCCCAGGCUGUGUUUAAAUCAUUCCAGGCUGACUAUGAGGAGGUUAAACGACGGCUGACAUGUGAGAACAAGAAGAAUGUUGAACUCCAACACUUUAAGGAGAAAGCAGAGAAACAGGUGGUGAAGGCCUGCCAGACCACAGAGACUGAAAUGCUCUUUGUGAGCAAAGAAAUCUUUGAAAAGACAAAAGCAGAGUGCAAACAUUUCAGAAACAUAGCUUCAGAAAUAGAAAAGGCAGCAUGUGCAGCCAAACAGGAGAUUGACGAUCUAGAAAAUAAAAUUAAGCAGCUACAUUCUUCGCUGUCACACGAGAAGAGCACCAACUCCAGACUCCAAGCCCAGAUCUCCGAGCUGCAAACAUCGUCACAGGCUGACCAAGAAAGGAUUGCCAAUCUAGAAAAAAAAGCUCGGAAGCGCCGCAUGUCACUUACACAAAAGACUGAUGAAAGUACUGGGCUUCAGGCCCAGGUCACUGAGCUGCAUAAGAAAUCACAGGCUGACCAACAGGCCAAUGACAAUCUGGUAAAUGACAUUCAGGAGCUUCGUUCUUCACUGGCACAGCAGAACGUUGUCAAAACCGAGCUUCAGGACCAGGUCUCCAAUUUGAACAAAGCUCUGUGCAAAUCACAGGCUGAGUUCAAGACAUUUCAGGAUGACUACGAGGAGGUGAAAAGACGCCUGAUAUGUGAGACCAAGAAGAAUGUUGAACUCCAACACCUUAAGGAGAAAGCGGAGACGCAGGUGGUGAAGGCCUGCCAGACCACAGAGACCGAAAUCCUUGUGAGCAAAGAAAGUUACGAUGAUAUAAAGGCAGAGUGCACACAUUUCAAAAACGUAGCUUCAGACACAGAAAAGGCAGCCAAACAGGGGAUUGACAAUCUUGAAAAUGAAAUGCAGCUGCUCCGUUCUUCGCUGACACAUGAGAAGAAUUCAGCCUCCAGACUUCAAGCCCAGGUCUUUGAGCUGUGCACGACUUCACAGGCUUACCAACAGAAGAUUACCCAUCUGGAAAAUGAAAUUGACGAUCUCCAUUCUUCCUUGAAACAUGAGAAGUGUGCUGCAUCCGAUGUGCAAGCCCAAGUCUCCGAGCUGCUGAAGAUUUCACAAACUGACCAACAGAGGAUUGAAAAUCUGAAAAAUCAAAAUCAGGACCUCCGUUCCUCGCUGGCACAGAAGAUCAGCAGUGAAAUCACACUUCAGGCUGAGGUCUCUAAGUUGAAUUGGAAUUUACAGACUGACCAACAAAGGAUAGACCAUCUCAAAAAAGAAAACCAGGAGCUCCAUUCUUCGUUGGCAGAGGAGAACAGUGUCAAACUUGGGCUUCAGGCCCAGGUCUCUAAUUUGAAGAAGACCCUCCAGAAAUCAAAGUCUGACCUCAAAAUAUUUAAGAAGGGCCACAAGGAGGUGAAAGAACAUGUGGUGUGUAAGAAGAAGAAGAAAAGUGUAGAACUCCAACACCUUAAGGAGAAAGCAGGGAGGUGGGUGGAGAAGGCCUGCCAGACCACAGUGAUUGAGACACUCUUUGUUAGCAAAGAAGUUUACAAGAAGACUAAAGCAGAGUGCGCACAUUUAAGAAAUGUAGCUUCAGACAAAGAAAAGGCAGCGUGUGCAGCCAAACUGAUAAUUGACAAUCUGGAAAAUGAAAUUCAGCAGCUACAUUCUUCUCUGUCAUACGAGAAGAUUGCUACCUCCAGACUUCAGGCCCAGAUCUCAGAGCUGCACACGGCUUCACGGGCUGACCAACAGAGAACUGACAAUCUGGAAAAUGAAACUCGGGAGCUCAGAUCUUCACUGUCACAUGAGAAAAGUGCUACAUCCAAGUUUCAGGUCCAAGUGUCAGAGUUGCUUAAGACUUCACAUUCGGACCAACAGAGGAUUGGCCACGUGGAAAAUGAAAAUAAGAAGCUUGGGUCUUCGCUGGCAAAGGAGAUUUAUAUAAAAAACAGUCUCCAGGCCCAGGUGUUGGAGCUGCAUAAGAAAUCACAGGCUUACCAACAGAGGAUUGGCCACCUGGAAAACGAUAAUAAGAAGCGUGGUUCUUCACUGACAAAGGAGAUUCAUACAAAAAUCAGUCUUCAGGCCCAGGUCUCGGAGCUGCAUAAGAAAUCACAAGCUGACCUUCAGAGGAUUAACCACCUGGAAUCGGAAAACCAGAAGCUCCGUUCUUCGCUGACUGAAGAGAACAUUGUCAAAAUGAGGCUUCAGUCCCAGGUCUCUGAGCUGCACAAGAAUUUGCAGGCUGACCAACAGAAGAUUGACCAUCUCAAAUACGAAAAUCAGGAGCUCACUUCUUCACUGACUGAAGAGAACGUCAUCAAACUGGGGCUUCAGUCCCAAGUCUCAGAGCUGCACAAGAAAUCCCAGGCUGACCAAGAGAAGAUUGACCAUCUCGAAUAUGAAAAUCAGGAGCUCAGUUCUUCACUAAAACAGGAGAACAGUGUUAAAACUGGGUUUGAGGCCAAGCUAUCCGAUUUGAGGGAGUCUCUGCAGAAAUCGCAGGCUGACUUCAGAGAAUUCAAAGAUGAAUACGAGGAGGUUAAAAGGCGACUGACGUUUGAGAUGAAGAAAAAUGCUGAACUGCAACACCUUAAAGAGCAAGCAGCGAUCCAGGUGGAGGAGGCCUGCCAGACCACAGUGACUGGAACUCUCCUUGUUAGCAGAGAAAGUCAUGAAAAGACAAAAGCAGAGGGCAAUCAUUUCAAAAACAUAGCGUCAGACGCGGUGAAGAUGGCACGCGAUGCCAAACAAAGAGGUGAUGAUCUGGAGAACGAAAUGCAGGAGCUCCGUUUGUCACUGACUCACAAGAAAAAGGCCGUAUCCAGGCUAAAGACCCAGAUCCUGAAGCUGUGCAAGACUUCACAAGCUGACCAACAAAGGAUCGACAGUCUGCUAGAAGAAAAUCAGCAGCUCCGUUCUUCACUGACACCCGACAGCUCCAGGCGUCAGCCUCAGGUGUCCGAGCUGAAUCAAACUUCACAGGCUGACCCACAGAACGAUGUCACUUACAAUCGGACGCUCACGUCCUCGAUGACACAAGAACACAUUGAGACAAUCAGCCUCCAGGCCCAGGACAUAAGGGCUGAGGCAGCAUGUGAGACACCUGAGGUAUCACUGAAGAAGAAGAAGAGGCGGUGGAAGAGGUUCCUUAAAUCCUUUGCUUUUGGCUAAGGCAGCAGAUAAAGACUAAGAUGCACACACUUACCAUCAUGUCCCAUUUUUUACACAUGGUACAUAGAUAUAUAUAUGAAUAUUUUCCUGCUUUAAUAUUGAAAAUAAAGAUAUUUUUAAAUCCAUUUUAUUGAAGUACCCUUUUAAUUCUGUGGCUGGUUCAGAGUUUUAUUCAAUAUACAAUGAAGACACAAGGUCACACAAAAUACAGUUCUCUCUGAUGGUCAGUUUGUUUACAUGUCUAAAACUUUUAGAAUACUUGUAAACACAUUAAUCAGACUAACACAAAUGAUUGAAUUACGCGACCGUGUUGGCAGGCAAAGAUGCGUUAAAAAUGAAUAGGACUGGUGCUGGAUUCAAACUAACUUCUCUUCAUCUUACUCUUCACUUCAUCACUGAAGGUCACUGAAAGUUGACAAGAGCCUGGAGGGAAACAAAUGUACACAAUCUGGCUUUGUGACAAACAUGCACUCUGGAGUCUACUGGCAAAGACAGUGAUGUUGUCACUGGAAGGGUGAGGGCUCCAACUGAGAAAAUACCCUGGUAUAUACAUUAGAACAGAAUUUCUGAUUUUCCACCAAGAACCACCAGAGAAAGCUCACAUUACCAUUGUUGGCACAGGUACCACAGUUUGGGAACCAUGGGGUCUAGUAUGAACGUCUACAGAGGUGCGUUCUGCACAUGUUCCACAAACUCUUCCCCUGGAAUUUGACCCAGAAAUAAUAGAAGAAGACAACCUGGCCAAUCCAUUGUUUUGGGCUGUGAAUUUGUGAGUGCACCCGAGCAAGAGUGCCACGCACUUUGGCCAAUUAAAGUUCAAAUCUCCUGUUGUGAUAAUGAGUCAUCUAUAACUGAUGUAAUCCAUGUUUUAAUGAUCGUAUUAUAUUCCAUCUGUGCACUAGAAGUUUUCUCAUCUGCGAAAGCAACAGAUUUUUUACAGAUUUUAAAAUGCAUUCUCUUCAGGGACUACAGAUUU